CUUCUUUUGUUUCCUUUCAUUAGCAUCCUCAUUCCAUUCACCACACCAACUCAUCACACAGCAGCAGCAACGUAUGCGACACUGCACACAUACUAUUACCGCCGUUUCUACUUUUCACUUUUUCUUACAACUAAAAAAAAUAAAUACAUGGUAUCUUUAGCGAAAACAAAGACUAAACGACCAGUCACUGACGAUGAUAUGCAACGCGUCCUUCAAAAACCAUUGCCCAUUCUUCCUCUUGAAAUCAUCGAAUAUAUCUUACUGCUUACAGGACAGGCAUCUCUUCGUUUGGUAAUUCCUUUAGUAUGUCAUGAAUGGCGUAUUAUUGCCCAUUCACUUCUCCAACGAACAGUUCGUCUCUCAGUCAUCCAUCUUUAUCUUGAACUGAUAACACGAAGUAAAUCACAAGGCAAGAAAUCAAAAACUCAACAACGACAACAACAACAACAGCAGGAGCGAAACCAGCUACUACAACGCCAAGAGAUUAAUUCUUCAACAGAACUUGCACUGAAGCAGCAGUUGACCCAUAACCUGCGACUGGCCCAUAUUGUCGAAUACAAAACAGGACUGAUCCCCAAUUUCUAUAUUAAGCGACUAGCAAAGCAUCAUGAAGAGAUAGUUUGGUCCAUCCUUGAGUAUGCUUUGACCUCACUUUUCAACAAUCACCCCAAUGACAUUAAGGUCCGUCAAUUGAUCCUUGGUAUCGACCGGGAUCCGUAUAUCUGGAGCCGUUUACAACCGCUGCUCAAGCUUGUAGGCUAUAGACUCUUUAGCCUGUGGCUGUACAAAAUCCCAGAGGACACUACUUUGUCGAUCGUCUCGAUCAUAGAACUUUGUCCAAAUCUUAAAAUACUUUACGUUGCAUCCCGGCCAAAUGAGUCUGCUGAUAGGGUAUCCAAACUAGAAGAGACUAGCAAGUCUUCUUCUUUCAACUCGCAACGUUCUUGUCUUCUUCAAUCAAUCACAUUCGACAGCAUGGCUUUAACACAGACAGCUAUAGAAGCACUAGUAGAGAAAUGCCCAGACUUGACAGAACUUCGAAUUGUGCGUUGUCGACCCUUAAUCCCUAGAAGACCAGUAGUUUACAACACCCGUCCUCCCUUCGUCCCUCCAGUCCUUGAGAACUGUCCAGGCAACUUUUUAUUCCAUAAAGAGAAAAGGGAGCAGUUCUUUUGCCAUCUGGCUCUGCAUUGUCCAAAACUCACGAGCCUUCAUAUCUCUGAGGAUCCAGGUGGGAGCCAGUAUGAAGAAUUGGCGCCAAUAGGUCAAUUCCCCUUAGUGGAGUCUUGGGGCUUUUCAACAUUAAUGUUAAAAAUGCCAUCCCUAUCCUCCAGGGUGCUUCUGGACCUGCAUCGGAUAGAGAACCGACUGACGAGUGUUGAGAUUAUAUUAGCCCGCCGUGGAAGUCAACAGCUGUGCGGGCAUGAUACCGGUCAUUGGAUUCAUCAAUUGCUCCACCAAUGCCCCUUACUUGAGCAUUUUAAGGCACCAGAUGUAAACUUGCCUUUACAUCCUUUCUAUGUGACCAAUGAGUUAUCAAUGAAGCCUCAUCAGUGCAGUAUUCCUGGUUCUGACAAUGUUUCGCUUCCUAUUGCUCGAAAGGUAUGGGCAUGUCGGAGACUCAAGACACUGCACAUCAUGGCACGAGAUUCCUACAACUCAGGGAUGACAGAUCAGGUUGAACAAACCCUAGUCCUUUAUGGCUAUAUCAGUCGGGUCUGUCCAAACCUUGAGGAUCUAUCCAUCAAAAGGAACCAUAUGAUGUCGCGCUUUCGGUUCCCUGUCAGUUUGUGUUUGUUAUCUCGUCUGAAACGGUUGCGGAGGCUACAGUUUGUAUGCCCUUGCGAUCUACGUAUACAAGACUUUGACUGGAUUAAACAACAUUAUUACUAUGACACGAUGGAGCAAGAAAGAUAUAAACUAGCCCUAAAAUUACAGGAACUUCGACAGCAAUCUCGCUUCAUCAGGUUUGUGAAGAGACAAUGGGGUUUAUCGCAGAUUAAGAAGACCCCAUUCGAUAUUAACAAAAGUACUAGUUUGGCAGAACAGAGUGUUGGAGUCUUUUCAGCAGAGGAAGAGGCCAUUGCAGAUAGAGAAGAGAAUGGAUAUAGACAGGAAGGAGAAGAGGAGAGGGAGGAAGAGGGUAGGAGAGUGUUAAUUGAUGACGUGGACGUAACAUAUCUUGGUCUACGGCAGGAUGUAAUCAAUUAUUUCAAGUAUCGACGUAACCAUCGAGACGAACCUCUAUGGCCAGACAUGGAGACUGUCACUAUUCGGUUUGCUGUUGAGCGUCGCGACCUAUACGCUAAUUUCAAAGCUUCUAUGCAGCAUUUCCGGCAAACAAUCCAUAAGCUUCGACCUGAAAUCGAGGUCAUCGUCGUUGCGACGAAAUGGAACGAUCUUACUCUAUGAGAAGGAAAGGGAGAAGCAAGCCAUACUCGUUUACUUUUAGC